AUGUCCCGCCUGCUGCACGCAGAGGAGUGGGCUGAAGUGAAGGAGUUGGGGGACCACCAUCGCCAUCCCCAGCCGCACCACCUGCCGCAGCCGCCGCUGCCGCAGCCACCUGCGACCCUGCAGGCAAGAGAGCAUCCCGUGUACCCGGCCGAGCUGUCCCUCCUGGACAGCACCGACCCACGCGCCUGGCUGGCUCCUACUUUGCAGGGCAUCUGUACGGCACGCGCCGCCCAGUACUUGCUGCAUUCCCCGGAGCUGGGUGCCUCCGAGGCUGCGGCGCCCCGGGAGGAGGCGGACAGCCGGGGGGAGCUCGUGAGGAGGAGCGGCGGCGGCGGCGGCGGCGGCAGCAGCAAGAGUCCCGGGCCAGUGAAAGUGCGGGAACAGCUGUGCAAGCUGAAAGGCGGGGUGGUGGUAGACGAGCUGAGCUGCAGCCGCCAGCGCGCCCCUUCCAGCAAACAGGUGAAUGGGGUGCAGAAGCAAAGGCGGCUGGCGGCCAACGCCAGGGAGCGACGCAGGAUGCACGGGCUGAACCACGCCUUCGACCAGCUGCGCAAUGUUAUCCCGUCCUUCAACAACGACAAGAAGCUGUCCAAGUAUGAGACCCUGCAGAUGGCCCAGAUCUACAUCAACGCCUUGUCCGAGCUGCUACAAACACCCAGCGGCGGGGAGCAGCCACCGCCGCCGCCAGCGUCUUGCAAGAGCGACCAUCACCAUCUUCGCGCCGCCGCCCCCUACGAGGGCGGCGCGGGCACCGCGACCGCUGCGGGGACCCAGCCCGCCUCGGGAGGGGGCCCCCGGCCGACGGCGCCCGGAAACUGCCGGACUCGCUUUUCCGCCCCGGCCUCCGCGGGAGGAUAUUCGGUGCAGCUGGACGCUCUGCACUUCUCGACUUUCGAGGACAGCGCCCUGACGGCGAUGAUGGCGCAAAAGAACCUGUCGCCUUCGCUGCCCGGGGGCAUCCUGCAGCCAGUGCAGGAGGAAAGUAGCAAAACUUCGCCCCGGUCCCACAGAAGCGACGGGGAGUUUUCCCCCCAUUCCCAUUACAGUGACUCAGAUGAGGCAAGUUAG